AUGCCGCACAUCCCCGGCCGCUUCCUGCUGCUGCUCUCCGCCACGCUGCUGAUGCUGCACGGCGCGAGCUCGUGGGCCGCACGCACCAUCUCUGGCAGGUCCCAGAAGGCGGCGGAGGCCGCAGCGGGCGCGGAGGGCGGCGUGGGCGCGGGGCCGGCCGAGGAGGGCAACGACUGGAAGCGGUACGGCGGCUACGUGGCGCCGAGCCCCGCCGGCGGGAAGGGCCCCGAGGGCAGGAGCUCCGCGUGGCAGCCCGGCGCCGGCGACGGCCCGGGCGGCGAGGCCGAGGGCGCCCGGAGGCGGUGCCUGAAGUGCGAGGUCUGA